CCAAGGUACCCAGCCGUCUUCUCUCCUGCAACACCCGCUCGAACACCAGGAUUUGCAUCCCAUCGCCGCGGCUUCCCAAACACCCUGCCGUGUAUGCGCAAUGGCCAGCGACUCAUUGCAUAUAACAUCGAUGUUGCCCACACUUUCUUCCACGUGGCGGCCCUUGCUCGUCUUGAUCCCUACUAUCAUCAACGUCGCCAGUAUUUUCAGCGAUCCUCUGAACACAGCUAUCAACUCGAUCUCGACAAACCAUGAAAUGCCUUAUUGGCGCAUAGUACUGGACGCAGGACUGCUGGGUCUGGUAGAGUGGGCCUAUUUUCCGCUCAAGCGAGGAGCACCAGACCCGACCACAAUAGGCAGCUCCAUCGUUCUGCGCCUCAUGCGCUACUUCCAUAUGAUAGUAGUCGACAUCUCUGUCGCAGCAGGAACAACAACAACGAUGGACCCCAACCCUCUCAAGCGCACCCUCCCCGGGGACGUGGAGGACGAGGCGCACGCGCGGCUCGGAACCGUCGCCGCCGGUGCCUCUGCGGUCAUGGGCGAGGCAGGAGAGUUGCUGCAUCUCCAGCAGCAGCAGCAAGCUCCCCCGGCCCCCCGGACCCCCUCGCCGCCUCCACAAGUGGACGGCCCGUCCUCGCCUUCGGCGUCGAUAUAUUUGGUGUUCCUGGCAGACGAAGAGCCAUCAAAACUGUAAGGCCCGUGGACGCCAUCGAUACGGCGCAGGGCUGGCCUGGCACCGAUUCGGUGUCGAUAAGGUGGAGAUGCCCAAUGUGCACAACUGUGCUGCAUCUACCGAGGUACGAGGAACGCAGACAGUGGGAAUGGCAAU